AUGGAUUGCGAGAGCCCCGGUGAGAUAUGCAGCAGCAUCAAGAAGUGGACUUUGAUGCGAAUUCAGGUAGAUUUGCGACCGAAGAAGAUCGAAGCGCUGAUCAAUGGGAAGAACGCGACGGAGAUCGGAUUUGCCCGCGAGGCGCUAUAUACGGCCGGCAGCAAGCUUCUUGACGAGAAGACUCUCUCCAAGGAGUUACACUGUCGGCACGAUGUGUUUCCUUUCACCAUCCAGGAGACCGACGCCUUCCGCUACGGCGAGCGCGAGGCGGCGAGAGAGAUGCGGACCCCUAAGAACUUCAUCGCUUAUACGGCCAUAGACCUGCAUCUUCGCGACCCUGAUGCGCUUUUCGGUCCGGCCACGUCUCGGCUGACUAAGGAUCCCGUAUGGGUGAGCUAG